ACAUUGACUCACUUCUUCCUCUCUCUUUCCCUGUAAAACUCUUAUUUUCUCCAGAAAAACCCUAAUAAGUAAGAUUGCAGUGAGUUAUCAAAAUGGGUCAUAAUAAACCAAGAAGAAACAAAGGUCACGCUUCUAAUCAUAGAGGACAAUCCAGUAAUCUUCGUGAAUUUCCUAGUGAAGAUGGUAAUGGGGAGUCUCUCCCGAGAGAUCAAGAUGCUUCAACUGAAGAGGAAUCAGUAUCAACUAUUCAACUUGCCAUGUGGGAUUUUGGACAGUGCGAUGCCAAGAGAUGCACAGGUCGUAAACUUUCACGAUUUGGUUUGUUGAAGGAGUUGCGCGUGACUAAUGGCUUUGCUGGAAUUGUUCUAAGUCCUGUUGGGACGCAAUGUGUCUCAAAGGAAGAUCACCCAUUAAUGAAGAGAAAAGGGCUAGCUGUAGUAGAUUGCUCAUGGGCCCGCUUGGGUGAUGUGCCUUUUGUGAAGCUUCGUUGUGGUGCUCCUCGUCUCUUGCCGUGGUUAGUGGCAGCAAAUAAUGUAAAUUAUGGGCGUCCAUGUCAGCUAUCUUGUGUGGAAGCGUUAUCUGCCGCUCUAAUUAUAUGUGGAGAGGAGGAUGCAGCAAAUGUGUUGUUAGGCAAAUUUAAGUGGGGUCACGCGUUCUUGUCUCUGAACAAGGAGCUAUUGAAGGCAUAUUCGCAGUGUAACAACAGUGCAGAAAUUAUUUCCGUUCAGAAUGAUUGGCUUGCCAAGAACGCUAAGGCGCCAAAGGAUAAUUCUCAAGAUGCAGAUGGUGGAUUUGAAGUAUCACGAACAAUCAAUGAAAGUGGGUCUGACUACGAUUCUGAAGAUGGACUUCCUCCAUUGGAAGAAAAUCUGAAUCACUUGGCCUUGGACGACAGUGAGGAAGAAAGUGACUGACUGAAUAGCAUAGGAAUGUAACGUGUCCUGACGUUUGGCAAUCAAAAACCUGCAUCUGAAAGAUGAUUGUUACGAGGCUCAUGCCAGAAGCGCACGAAAACGUGUUCCCAAAUUACCUCAACUAAUUCCCAUCUAUAAAAUCUUGCAAGGCAUGAGAAGAGUUGUAGCAAGAGUAGUAUCUUACCAAAUUUUGAAAUAAAGUUAUCUGGGGCAGUAUCAAUUAUUACUAUACAAACAUCUUCCUAAUCUGUAAAAAUGAUAAUUUCUUACUAGGCUUGUUAAUUGCAGGAAAAGGUAA